GUCACGCACAGCCUGCGUCGCCAUGUUGGAGUGGUUGCGUCAGGAUGAAGGAAACAGCCAGCUGAGCAGUUCAACUGUCAUCAUCAUGAAAAGGACUCUGUGACCACAGGAAGACUUUCUUUUGAAACGUAAACAGGAAGGAGAACCGGGUACCAUGUUAGCUCGACUGUUCCGGCUCCAUGGCCUGUUUGUGGCCGCCCACCCGUGGGAGGUGAUAGUGGGCACCCUCGCCAUCACCGUCUGCCUCAUGUCUAUGAACAGCCUGGCAACCAGCAGCCAGAUGUGCACCUGGAAUGAGUGCCCCAAGGUCGAAGAGAAAAGCCAAAGCAGUGACAUAAUCAUCCUGACAGUUACACGCUGCAUGGCCAUCGUUUACAUCUAUUUCCAGUUCAAGAAUCUCCGACAAUUGGGAUCCAAAUAUAUACUAGGUAUCGCAGGUUUAUUCACAGUGUUUUCCAGCUUCGUUUUCAGUACAGUGGUCAUCCAUUUCUUUGGGAAAGAACUGACGGGGCUCAAUGAAGCCCUGCCUUUCUUCCUCCUCCUCAUCGACCUGUCCAAAGCCUGUACCCUGGCCAAAUUUGCCCUAAGCUCCAACUCUCAGGAGGAGGUUAGGGAGAACAUCUCCCAGGGCAUGGCCAUCCUGGGUCCCACCUUCACCCUGGAUGCUCUGGUUGAAUGUUUGGUUAUUGGUAUUGGCACCAUGUCAGGCGUGCCUCAGUUGGAGAUCAUGUGUUGUUUCGGCUGUAUGUCGGUUCUGGCCAAUUACUUUGUCUUCAUGACUUUCUUCCCCGCCUGCGUCUCCCUUGUCUUGGAGCUGUCCAGGGAGAGUCGAGAGGGCCGUCCAAUCUGGCAGCUGAGCCAGUUUUCCUGCGUGCUGGCUGAAGAGGAAGACAACAAGCCCAACCCUGUGACACAGAGGGUUAAAAUCAUCAUGUCUCUGGGUUUGGCGUUGGUUCACGCUCACACUCGAUUAGCAUCUGAAAAUCCAGGUCACAACCGCACAGUGGAGGGGCCCAUCUCUGAGAGACUGGACUCUGGUGGUCCCAUGUUGUCUUUAAAGCUCACCAGCAUGGACCUGGAGCAGCUGAUCACACUGGGCCUCGCCCUCCUGCUGGCUGUGAAGUACGUCUUCUUCGAGCAAGCUGAGAACGAGUCCUCCCUGUCCCUGAAGAGUCCCAUCGUCAGUUCUCCUUCGACGCAGAAGCAAAGAGUGACAGGAGACUGCUGCUGGAGAGAUUACCAAGCCCCGAGACCCCAGAAGAUGCUGAACGGUUUCUUACCAACCAACCCGCCAUCAUCAUCAUCAUCUUCACCAUCAUCAUCAUCAUCAUCACCAUCACCAUCAUCAUCAGCCUCAGACUCUCCAGCUCCUCCUGAGACUGACAAGGUGCUACCAGGGAAAAAUUGGACUCCUGCUGCAGUAGUGGAGAAUGGCCCCUGUCUUUCAUUUGACGGGGAGUGUCCUGCUCCAGAACCUUCUGUAACACAAAGUAGCUGUAACUCGGAGCCCCGCAUGCUUGAGGAGUGUCUGGACGUCCUCUCCGAUCCUCAGAAAGGUGCCCGUUUUCUGAGCGACACUGAGGUGAUGAACCUCGUCGCCUCUCGUGACAUCCUCAACUACAAACUGGAAACCGUCCUCGAGACUCGGGAGAGGGGCGUGGCCAUACGGAGGAAAAUGCUGUCACCCAAACUGCCUGUUGCCUUCGCUUUGACUGGUCUGCCUUAUAAGGACUACGACUACUCGAAGGUUAUGGGCGCCUGCUGUGAGAAUGUCAUCGGCUACAUGCCGGUGCCAGUCGGAGUCGCCGGUCCUCUCCUGUUGGACGAGAAGCAGUUUCACGUCCCCAUGGCGACCACAGAAGGCUGUCUUGUAGCCAGUACCAACAGAGGAUGCAGAGCGCUUUCUUUGAGCGGGGGCUGCCGCAGCAGGAUCCUCGCUGACAGUAUGACCAGGGGCCCCGUGGUGAGGCUGCCCUCAGCGUGCCGGGCAGCAGAGGUCAAAGUCUGGCUCGAGACCUUGGAUGGAUUUAGCCUGAUCAAAGAGGCUUUCGACCAAACCAGCAGGUUUGCUCGUCUGGACAAGCUGCUGGUGUGCUUAGCUGGGAGGAACUUGUACAUCCGCUUCCAGUCUCGGACCGGAGACGCCAUGGGCAUGAACAUGCUCUCUAAGGGCACCGAGCAGGCUCUGCACAGACUGCAGCAGCAGUUUCCAGACGUGGAGGUGCUGGCUGUGAGUGGAAACUACUGCACUGACAAGAAGUCUGCCGCCAUCAACUGGAUCCUGGGCCGUGGGAAGUCUGCCGUGUGUGAGGCCACCGUUCCCGCCAAGGUGGUCCGAGAGGUGUUGAAAAGCAGCACGGCCGCUCUGGUAGAACUCAACAUCAACAAGAACUUGGUGGGCUCGGCGAUGGCCGGCAGCAUCGGGGGCUUCAACGCUCACGCUGCAAACAUUGUAGCAGCCAUUUACAUCGCCUGUGGACAGGACCCCGCUCAGACGGUGGGGAGCUCUAACUGUAUCACUCAGAUGGAGCAUGCUGGUGCAGAGGGAGAGGACCUGUACAUCAGCUGCACCAUGCCUUCCAUUGAGCUGGGAACUGUGGGAGGAGGCACCAACCUGACUCCUCAGCAGGCCUGUCUGCAGAUGCUUGGUGUUCAAGGUACAAGUUCAGACCAGCCAGGUGAGAACGCCCGUCAGCUGGCUCGCAUCGUCUGCGGCACGGUGCUGGCAGGAGAGCUCUCCCUCAUGGCCGCUCUGGCUGCUGGUCACCUCGUCAAGAGCCACUUGACUCACAACAGAUCUAAAUCUAACCUGUCAGAAACUUCUCCAUCGGAGUCGGCUGCGUGACACCAACUGUCGACGGUGGAUCUUCAGACCGAGCGAGCGAGCGCUGCAGCGUGAACACUGAGGGAUGACUCAGUUUUCUAAUCGAAUGGAUCUGAAGUGCUGUGGAUUAAAAAAAAGACUUCCAAAGCCCCAACACAUGCUGAAGACCUCAGACAGUUUGUGCUCGCUUGUGUCUCGCCUGAUGAAUUGCACAAAAGAAAGACUUUAUGGUUGAAGAUGUUAACGUCGUGUUUUCUGAUUUUGUGCCGUGUCUCUGAAGCUGAACACUGCAGGAGGGUUUGUGGAAAACAUUCGAUAUUGUUUUUGGCCCCCGAUUUCUGAGACAACUGUGAAUUAUUGAUGAGGUUCAGAUAAUAAUCAAAGGUGAAACCCUCGACACUGCACUAAGUCUUUGACAAGUAUCCAGUGCCUCUUAAGAGCUUAACGGCCUUUAAAGUCCCACAAAGAAGAGGAAAACUGUGUGCAGUAACUCAAUGCGUGACUGUCCUGGUGUUCUCUGACUAAUGGAUCUUUGCACUUGCCAAAAGCUCGUCUGAGAUAGCGCUGCUGCUGCUUAAGAUGACACUUAAAAUGCCAACUUUCUGCCUGAAUGUAUUUUAAAGGAAGUCAGUGCCGUAUGUUCUCUUAUUGAAUUAUGGUGGUACUGUAUACUGUGUAUACUGUAGGAUGAGUGUGGCUGCUGGUUCCAGGAGGAGGAAGCAUCUGCUGAUGGUUUUUUGUUACAGUGUUAAGGGGAAAUAGGAAAAAGUUGAAGUUCAAAGCCAUAUUAACUUAUUUAAGAUUUAUUUUUUUUCUGGUACGAUUUAAUGAUUGGACCGUUGGGUUUAAUGUACCACUGACUACAAUGUGUGCAGGUUUGUCCUUUAAAAAAAGCAAUGAAGUGGCCUUACAUACCGCACGUCCAGGAGAAGUUCAGCCAUAGCAUGCUCUAGCUAGAAUAUUUAAUUUAAAGUUGUUCAUCUGAAAAGGUUGUAUUUAAAAGAAUAAAUAACACUGUCUCCUCUAAA